GGAGACGGACUCGUGGGCGCAUCUCCUCCAUCAGAGGGCGGGCUUGUAGCGUUGUGCGCGAGCGCAGCGUGUGGCCGCCGCUGCUGCUGCUGCUUGAUGAAGAUGAUGAGAGGAGCGGCAGUCAAAGCCAAACAAAUGAAGGAGUGACUUGAAAGUCUGCAGCGGUUACAAGAAAGAAGUAGAGAACUAAUGAUGUCCAAAUGGGUCUUGAUGUCACGAUGGGAUUUGAGAUGAAGAACACGUAACCUGUUUAAAGUCUUGCAGCUUUAUUCACCUCGUUUUUAGGCAACAAGGAAGUUAAAAAGGAGUUUGUUUUUUUGACCGCUGGGAUGUUGUGAACGACACGCCGCCUGGGACUGAAGGAAGUAAGGAAGAGAGGGGACCCAGGGCUGGUGGACGAGCACCGGAGGGAUUAUGGCUUUCGCAACGUUUUCUCUCAGCCUCAUCACGCUCGCGCUUUCAAACUUGCACCUGUCGCGAGCCAGCGACCGGCAUGCGGUGUACUGGAACAGCUCAAACCUCCAGUUGCGGAGGGAGGGCUUCACGGUGCAGGUCAGCGUCAACGACUACCUGGACAUCUACUGCCCACACUACAACAUCAGCCAGCGGGGAACACUAGAGCGCACCGUGGCAGAGCAGUACAUCCUCUACAUGGUCAGCUACCGUGGCUACCGCACCUGCGACCCUCAGCUGGGCUUCAAACGCUGGGAGUGCAAUCGGCCCCACGCACCGCACGCUCCCAUCAAGUUCUCUGAAAAGUUCCAGCGUUACAGCGCCUUCUCGCUGGGCUACGAGUUCAAUGUGGGCCAGGAGUACUACUAUAUCUCCACGCCCACCCACCACCACGGCCACAGCUGCCUGAGACUGCGAGUCUACGUCUGCUGCUCCACCGUUUCCCAGGCAGAUGAUGACUCCAGUCAGACUCCUCCCGACUACACAGUCAGGCCAAACCUGAAAAUACACAACAUCGAUGAAUUUAACCCUGAAGUUCCCAAACUGGAGAAAAGUGUCAGCGGCAGCAGCCCAUCACGUGACCGCCUUCUUCUAACCGUGGGGAUGCUGCUCGUGUCGGCCGUGCUUUUGUCCUAGCAAACUGUCUCUGGGAGUGACGCUUCAUGCAUAGCUGGACCGCCUUGUCCAAAGGGCUUUGUAAUCCACCAAGUUGUUAAAGUGAAAUUGGACGGAAACAUAGACGAGGAUUUAGCCGGGGUGAAGCAGAACCCAAAUCCAGACAACACAGAAAAAAAACCAUCCUUGAACUUCUAACUGGACUAUUAAAAAGGAGAGGCCUUUUUGCUGUCAUCUUCACACCAGUGUAUUUUGACACUCCCAUGUGUUGUUGGACCAUAAUCAUGUGAGAACCACAGCAUUUCAGGCAGAACCCCAACCCAGAAUCGGACUUCUGUGCUGCUAUCAUGCCUGUGGACUUGUAAUGAGUUGGAUGUAGAGUACGCUUGUUCUUAUUGUAGCAUGGAUAUCAAAGCAACCGAGGAAAGAUUAAGAGUUCUGGAAAUAUAAAGAAGGUAAAAACAUGGACUUUACAGAGGAUUUGAAGGCCUUGGACCACAGACAAAGUAAACACAGAUGGAUAAAACUUAACUUAGGUGUAGUAAAGAGGAAGGUAGAGCGUGGGACUGUACUGAUCUUACCUGGAAUAUACAGGAUAUUUAUGUAAUCAGUCAGUUCUGAGAACUGCUGCUGUUUCCCCGGACAUUGAGGAAUGUUUUCACGCUGGUGUGAGUGAGCUUCUGGUAAUAAGAGCCUGAGGUGUUUCUUAAGAAAGGGAGAUACUUUUUUUUGAGGAUAUCCACGGGCCUUUUAAGAAUCCAUUUUCUCCAGACAUCAAAAAUACCCCUGGCUUUGUGAUAGGUACGGCUGCAAAGCCUGCGUUUCUUAGAAGAUAGCGAGUGCCCUCUUAGAACUAGUCCUUUGUCUGCAUUUCCUGCCUUCACUCUUUAACAACCUGAAAAAAAUACAGACCCCGGACUAGUAAUUUGACGGCACUUAGACAUGGUAGAUGUGUGUUUUUUUGUUCCAAUGCAUUUACCUUCAGCACUUGGCGCAAGUUUCCGGGGAUGUCAAACCUUUCUCCUUGCAGCAGUCAUUCAGAACACCACUCAUUUGCAAUUUUUCAAAAAAAAAACUCUCACAGCAGCAAGUUCCCUUUUAAUCCCAGACAACCCUGUCAAGUCCUUUUCCACUUCAGAGGUGCCCAGCCAAUCAGCGCUGAUGCCCAUUACUGCAGUCACCAUCACCAUGGAAAUGACCCCAUACAGUCGCCAGAGUGCGGCAGGUGCCUGAUGAGAACUUGUGCUUUGAGACUCGAUGAAACGCUGCCGCCAUUUUGUUACAAAAAUGAAAGAAAAAAAAACACAACAAAGACAAAAAAAAAACAACACGUGUGAAUGUGCAACUUAAGACAAGUUCACUUUUUUAUAUUGUUAUAAAGGACAACGUAGGCUGGCAUUAAUCAAAAUUACAAUGUUGUGCUUUUUUAAUUUAUUUACUUUUCAAAUGUAUUUAUUUUAACAUUAAAAUAUAUUAUUUAUCUACCUAAUUUAUUAGUGUGCAUUUGUAGGCCUUUGCUCUAUAAGCUAUGUGCCAAUUUUUUAUUGUUUUUUUUAAAACAGUGGAAUUUUUACUGCAGCGUUUUGCUUGUGUAGAUAAAUAGGUCGACGUGAUUCAGCCUGACAAUAAGAGGAGAGGGUUAUAGGUUAUGACUAAUCAGUAGGGAUGUACACUCAGUAACCCUACUCUCAUGUAACAGAUACUGCUAACAAGAUUAUGUUGCUGAGGAGCAUGUCAUAAACCAACUGUGAUGCACAGACAGAGAUGUGAAAAGGAAGGGCAGCAUUCCUCCAGUGCUGCACUUGCAAAACAAAGGAGUGUGCAUUGUAAUGUACAUUUAUAAUACAUGCCGGUUAUGGAAUGUGUGUGCUUGUGCACAAAUGGUAUGAGUGUGAGGCUUUAUCUGCCUGCUUUUUGCGUGUGUGUGAGUGAGUGUGUGUGUGAGUGUGUGUGUGUGUGUGUGUGUGUGUUUGUGUGUGUGUGUGUGUGUGGAAGCGUGCAAGAGGAAAAAUAAAAACAUGUGUGCACAUUUGCGUGCGUAUGUAUGAAGAAUGUGUUUGUCCGCGCUUUUUCAAGUAUGUGGCAUUUAGAAAUUUCGUACCCGUUAAGGAGUCGUUUGUAGGAUCUGAAUAUGCAAGUGUGUCGGAGAGAAUGUGCUCUUCUGUAAUGUUAGUUUACGUUACGGGGUUUUGGGACGUUGGGCGAAAAGCAUUUACCGAUGUUGAAGACAACCACAAGAGAAGUGUUUACCUUUGACGAGAAUGAUAAGAAAAAAACUGUAAAUUGAUCCAAGAAUGAUUAAAACAAUGCCGAUUAAAAUCUUUUUUGCAAAUUUA